GCCAACCAACAUAUUUAGCGAGCGCCAGUGCAUAAGCCAUUCUUCGUGUCACUAAACUACGCCAAUUUUCAUUACAUAAAAAGCCUUACGCACCCAUUUCCCCACACUUUCACUACUCUCAUUUUCACUCCAAUCCAUAAAAGAAGAACAGAGAACAGAUACUGCGAUUUUUGGUUCUUCAGUAGAAAAAACGUAUACAAUGUCGAAUGAUCCGCAAUCUCAAUUUGAAAGAUAUACAGACUCGGAGUUCAGAGCGCUGUUGUUUAAUUUGAUUCCAGCUCUUCACAAUCAUGGAACUCGAGACCAUGUUCUUCAUAUCCUUUCCAAGGCUUAUAAAGAAACUCGGAAUAAGGUAAUUCAUGAAGAAAUGGCACCAUUGUUGUGGCAUUCAAUUGGUAAAAUCAGUAUUCUGCUACAGGUAUUAAAGUUUUUUUUUUUUUCUCUCUCCACUCUAUUAUACAUAACAUCGAGGCAUUUUUUUAAUUUUGUACCAUACCACUCAUUGUUUCAGGAACUGCUUUCAGUAUACCCCGCACUGAAUGAACAUCUUACAGAAAGAUUAUCAACUCGAGUGUCCAAUGCACUUGCUUUACUACAGUCAGUAGCAGCACACACUGACACAAGGAUGCAUUUUAUUAAAGCUAACAUAGCCUGCUAUCUCCAACCUAUUCUUAAUAUCAAAAACAAUGACAAAUAUCAUGAGCAUGUAAGAAUUAGCAGCUUGCAGGUAAUUGGAGCUCUAGUGAAGCAGGAUGAUGAUCCACGAGGUGUACUCUUUAUUCUCCAGUCUCAGAUGUUACCUUCUUUCUUAAAUUGCAUGGAGGUUGGCAGUAUAACGGCAAAAACAGUAGCUGUGUUUAUAAUCAAAAAAAUUCUAAGUAAUGAAGAGGGAAUGAAGUAUUGCUGUGUUCUAGCAGAACGAUUUUUUGCCAUAGGAAACAUUCUAGGAAAGAUUAUCGAAGAACUUGUUGAAGCUGGAAGGCUUCUGGAAGACAACUCCAAGCAGCUGUUAGAACAGAUAAUUGGGUGUUACUAUAAGCUAUCAGCAAAUCCAAGGGCAUGUGAUGGACUACGAUGUUGCCUUCCCUCGAAAUUAAAGGAUACAUCCUUCACUAGUUUUUUUCAUGGUGAUCAACAAAUGAUGUUGUGCUUACAGCAGAUAUUUUACAAUAUUGAAGUUGCAGAGUGGGGUAGAUCACAUUUGUACCGCAAGUUAGGAAGACACUUGGUUAGGUAUUAGAUUCAGCAACUCAAAGAACAAUAUAUACAGUCUAAGGUGAUAGGGAGAUAACAGAUACAUACAUGCUAUAGGAACAUAGAUCAAAUGCCUUGUUUGUAAGCAAUCAAAGUACAUUCAAUUUCUGUGUGAUAAACAUGAAACUGCGUUCGGGUAUAUCUAAGAGACAGGAGGAGAAUUUUAAUGAAGUACAAGGAAAGAAAGUUAACAAUUA